AUGACCGGGCCGCCGUCCUCUUCCUACCCCGGCCAGGUCCCGCCGCCAGCCGCCCUGAUUUCGCCGGAAAACGAGGAGAAAAGCUCCGGUUUUGACAGAAACUUCGUCGGCUUCGUUCUCCGUCGUCCGGCCACCGAUUCCGGCAAGAAUGAACCCGGCAUGGGUGUGAUGCCGAGGUCUCCGCAGGAUUCGUCUCGGGUUCUGGGAAAUUCGGGGCGGGUCCUGUCAGCUUGGACGUCCUCAUUUCGACGCAAAGGACUCUUUGACAUGGGUGGAUUUAGGAUGUUGAGGAUUACACUUAAGGGUGUCACGAAGUUGAUGGACAAGUUACAAGGGAAUGGAGGAGUUGUGAGUCUGACCAAGGAGGCUCGUGUGUGGUGGGAAUACCACGAGCAAAAACCAAGGAUGAGACCUAGAUGGAUUGGUAAACCUACCUGGAGAUGA